CAAAGUCAGAAUACUCAACAACUGCCAAGGCACUAUGAAAACAAAUCAGUCUAGAGGAUCCAAUUCUAGGUUCCAAGGCAAUUACAGAUCCAACAAUGGAGGCAAUCGCCAACAACAAACUCCAUUUCAGAAUCAUUCAACUGAAAACUUGGAGCAUCUGGAUACUCCAUUAAUGGAGGCAAUCAUGCUUCUACCCAUUUUGGACAAUAUUCUUUGACGGUUUACCCAGUCAAAGAAUCCCAGAGGUCGUUCGUUCGUUCCGUAGUAUGUACGACGUUAGUGGGGUUGUUACAGGGGGAAUGAGAGCAGAGCAGCCAUUCGUUGGCCUUCCUUUUUCAUUCAAUUUCCAUGAAAUUUCCUCUCACCAUGCGUUGACUUGGAAAAAAAUUUGCGUGCUUGACAAUGUCUUCUCCGUUUUCUCUUCCUUCUCUAUUGUUUACUAUUGCGAGAGGACCUAGCUUUCUCGUUUUCUUCUACUUAUAUAAAUGCACUAUUGUCGACUUUCGUUCUCCGUGUGCUCAUUCUUGGAAGGUUCUCUUCUCACUGCUCUUCCUGCCACUUCCAAUAACUAGUUUCAGGUCUCAAUCAGCUCCGUUUUCUCUUCUUCUUUCUCUAUUCAUAUUCCUUAUCGUGUUUUGGGGGAAAAUAGAUUGGAGGAAUUUUGUUGGGUUUUGGAGAUUCGUUUUUGCUAUGUUUUGAGGAAGGGACGGCUUUCAGCUUCAUGGGUGUCGUAACAAUUGGUUCUGCUUCAUGGGUUUCUGAUAUACGCUGUUAUGCUUCAUGGGUUUGUGAUAAUAAUGGUUCUGCUUCAUUAUUGAUCAGGUAAUGGUUGUGUUUCUUGGUUUUCUGAUAACAAUGGUUUAGCUUCAUGUGCUAUUGACGGAGUUGAUUUGCUAAUUGGUUAUGGGAAUAGCUAUGAUUCAAGGGUUGGUAUAAUAUUUGUUUUGUGUGACCUUAAAUUGAAGAACCAGAUGGCCCAGCUUUUGAGAAAAAUAUUUCCUGUUGAGCAUUCAGUUCCCAAAGAAGAAGAUGAUGAUGAUUAUGGUAACAUAGAGUAUUCAUUUGCUGUUGAGUACCUUGGCCCUCCAGUCACUUAUGAUAUUCCCCAAGCUCUUCCGGUAGAUAUUGAGAGAAUCCCAAUUGCUGCACCUGCUGUCUCAGCUUCUUUGUUGAAUAACUUAUCAUUGCCAGUUAUCCAACCUAUUGUAAAAUCUAAACCAUCAACCAAGAAACGGCCACAGGAGCCAAAGUUUUGCUCUGAGGCUACUGUUUCCCCCAUCACAACUGAAGUUUCGAGUAGAAAUGGUGUACUUCAUGAACCAUCGGAUGCAAUAGAUAGUUCAGAUGCAUUUGGCAAUGCAAAAAAUAAUGGUGAUCAUCUGCCGGAGUUAUGUAAUGAAAAAGGAGAUCCUGUUGGAUUGAGGUUUUGCAAUUGCGAUGAUAAUCUGCGAGAAGUGUGUGGAAGCUCACACCUAGUAGAAUCACGCAAUGUUUGUACAGAAGAUGCUGGUGGAUUUCAAGAUUAUAUGAGUCCCAACAAUUGCAAACCCUCAGAAUCAGGUUUAAGUUCUCAUUCUGUUUCAUCUGAGAUUUUUUCUUUCAAAGUGGACGACUGUGAUAAUGUAACUGUUGACCCUCCUGGCCAUGCCAAAAAACCUUCAAUUGUGACUUUCCGGGAUCCUGAGUUCAACUAUUUUUCUCAUGAAGAAUCUCAUAAUUCUGCUACUGAAAGCAUCAGAGAGGAGGAUUGUCAUAAUGUAACUGUUGACCCUCCUGGCCAUGUCGAAAGACCUUCAAUUGUGACUUUCCGGGAUCCUGAAUUCCGCGAUUUAUCUCAUGAAGAAUAUCAUAAUUCUGCUACUGAAAGCAUCAAUGUGGCACGUGAGGUAGAAAGGAUUGGAAAGAAGGGAACAUGCUAUCGGUGCUUGAAAGGAAACCGGCUUACUGAAAAAGAGAUUUGCAUUGUUUGCGGCGCAAAGUAUUGCUUCAAUUGUGUGCUGAGAGCAAUGGGGUCGAUGCCAGAGGGCAGAAAAUGUAUUACUUGCAUUGGGAAAAGAAUUAAUGAGGGAAAUCGAAGGGCACUAGGGAAAUGUUCUCGGAUGCUCAAGCGGCUUCUUACUGAGAUGGAAGUCAAACAGAGAAUGAAAUCUGAGAGAUUUUGUGAAGUAAACCAGCUACCAGCAGAGUUUGUUUAUGUGAACGACGAACCACUUAGUCAGGGAGAGCUGGUUCUAUUGCAGACCUGCCCUAACCCACCAAAAAAGCUAAAACCAGGACACUAUUGGUAUGACGAAGUAUCAGGUUUUUGGGGAAAGGUAGGAGAGAAGCCUUGCCAGAUUAUUAGCUCCCAUCUGAAUGUUGGUGGUCACAUGAAGAAAAACGCUAGCAAUGGGGACACAAACAUACUCAUAAAUAACCGGGAGAUAACUAAAGCAGAGCUUCGGAUGUUGAAGGCAGCAGGAGCCCAAUGUGAAGGAACAAAUUCCUUUUGGUUGAAUGAUGAUGGGUCCUACCAGGAUGAGGGGAUGAAUAAUGUAAAGGGCCGAAUAUGGGGCAAGACUAGAGUAAAUUUAGUCUGUGCAGCCUUGUCUUUGCCAAUUCCUCCAAGCUCUGGAAAUCCCGGCAGAAAAAAUGUUGAUGAUAUUAGCCAAAACUGCCUUGAGCAGAAAAUUCAUGGGAAGCUUCUUCUGGUUGGUUAUCGAAAAUCUGGCUCAAGUACCAUAUUUAAACAGGCCAGACUUCUGCACAGUAUUCCUUUUACUGAGGAUGAGCGUCAAAAUUUUAAGUUUAUGAUUCAAAGAAAUUUGUAUGCCUAUAUUGGCAUACUGCUAGAGGGACGAGAAAAAUUUGAGCAAGAAAGUUUGAUUGAAAGGAGAAAAAGACAAUCUGUUAAUCAAUGCGGUCCUUCAGAUAACAUGGAUCAGAAGGACGAUAAUACUAUUUAUUCAAUUGGGCCAAAACUGAAAGCUUUUGCAGAUUGGCUUCUCAAAGUUAUGGCUUCUGGUAAUUUAGAAGCCGUAUUUCCACCAGCCACUCGUGAAUAUGCUCCAUUUGUUGAGAAGUUGUGGAAUGAUACAGCUUUUCAAGCCACAUACAACCGGAGGGAUGAAUUGGAAAUGCUAUCCAGAGUUGCUACUUAUUUCCUAGAGAGGGCUGUGGAGAUUUCAAGGCCAGACUAUGAGCCGUCUGAUAUGGACAUCUUGCAUGCUGAGGUAACCACCUCUUUGAAAGGGAUUCCUUGCUUGGAAUUUGAACUUCCCAAUUCGGCAGAGAUGGACCUUGGUGCUACUGCUCUUUCUCAUGAUUCCAUAACGAGGUACCAACUCAUUAGGGUUCAUCCAAGAAACCUUGGAGAAAACUGCAAGUGGUUGGAGAUGUUCGAGGAUGUUGAUGUCGUCAUGUUUUGUGUGUCGUUGACAGACUACAGUGAAUUUCUUGAAGACAGUAGAGGAGUUACUGUGAACAAAAUGUUGGCAAGCAAGCAGCUACUGGAAAGCAUAGUCACUCAUCCAAACUUUGAUGGGAAAGACUACCUAUUAAUACUCAACAAGUUCGACCUGCUCACAGAAAUAAUUGAACGAGUACCGCUCACUCAAUGUGAAUGGUUUCACGACUUCAAUCCAGUGAUUAACCCGAUUCAGGACGACAGCAGUCGCAGAUAUUGCAACCUUUCGUUGGCUCAUCGUGCUUUCCAAUACAUGGCGAUUAAAUUCAAGAGAUUCUUCCACUCUCUCACUGGCCGUAAGUUGUAUGUUUCACUGGUUCAUGGGAUGAAGCCUGAUUCUGUUGAUUACGCUCUUAAAUUUGCAAGGGAAAUUAUGGUAUGGAAUGAAGUGGAACCCAGUUACACCAUGAUUGAAGCGUCUAUAACAAGCAUCGAGCAGACUACGUCCUCAUGAUUUCGUACGUUGAAAAUGAAUCAAAUGCAGGAUAGGAAGGAAGGGAAAUUAAGGUCUGCUACUUUGCUUCUACUAACUAGCGUUGUUCAUAUUCUUUUUUUUUUUGUGUAUAUUAUAGAUGCUCAGAAAAAGGAAUCCAUAGGAGAGGCAAAUACACAGUUCUGAUAGAUGCCUGUAACACCAAGAAAAACAGAACUUUUUGUAACUACUGAGAUAUGGCCCUUGAAGGCCCAUUUGCCAUUACAGAAUAGCAAUUGCUCAAUCACCAUGAUCAUUAUAUGCA